UCUCAAAAUCUAAAUAUCUUUUGGGUCUUUUAUUCUGUCCUCGACGUUAUUUCGCUAUUGUUGUAGUGUUAUUAAUCAUUACCCUUUACAUUCAACUGCAUAUUUCAGAUUUAUUAUUCAUAAACCUACAUUAUUACAUUCAUUAUUAUUGCGAUUAUAACUCAACAUAUUAUUUUAAAUUAUGGAUGCAGAUGAUAAUUUCCCUGCAGCUAAGCGCAUCAUUACUGAAAUUCAAAAUAUAGUAAAUAGUGAUUCUAAGCUGAAAGAAUUUGAUCUAGUCAUCCAACCAGAAAGUCAAAAUAAAUCUCCAGUGAUAUAUGUAGACCAUUGUUUAGGUCUAGAGUCGUGGUGUGUACGCCAUGUAUAUGAAUAUGUCUACCAAAGACUUAUUUCAGUAAGAAAACGAUUAAAAAGACAAGUAUCCAAUGAAACAAUACCAUUGCUUACAUCUGCUCUCUUAUUAAAUCCAGAAGUCUUGACUUUUUGGAAUAUGAGACGAGAGUUAAUUCUUGAUGGAUACCUGAAACCAGAUGAUGAAUUACAAUUUUCAGCUGUUAUUUUGACAUUUAAGCCAAAAUGUGCUGAAAUAUUCACUUACAGAAGAUGGAUAUUUUUUAACGUUUUAAAAGAUUUCAGCUCUAAUCAUAUUAUACUCAAUGAGUUAACAAUAGGAUUAACAGCUGCUGCUGGCUAUCCAAGUAAUUACAAUGCAUGGAAUCAUUGUUUUUGGUUUAUUCAAAAAUCCCUUGAACAAGAAAACUUUUCUUUAAUUUCUCAUCAAUGGGAAAAAACUAAAAUUUGGUGCAGUGAACAUGUAUCCGACCAUAGUUGUAUGCAAUACAGACAACGAUUACUUAAAUGUUUAGUUGGCGAUAAAAGGUGCUUACAGCAUUUGGAAUGUUGUACAUCCAAAUCACUUAUGCGGUUUUUUAACUCUGAUGAAAGACAUAAACUUAUGAAGCCAUCAGAAGAUUAUUUUGAUGAAGCUAUUGGUGUUGCUUUAGAUGAAUUAUAUUUUAAUGAAGAUCUGAUUGUGAUGUAUCAAAGUCAUGAAUCUCUAUGGAAUCACCGAAGAUUUUUAUGUUAUUUAUUAGUAAAUAUUUAUAAUAUUGAUUGUAUUAAAGAAGCAUUAAUGAAUAAUGAAAGGAGAGUUUCUACUAAAUUAUUAAAAAAUAAUGAGUUAUAUGUUAAAAAACACGUUUUGUGGCUUCAAACAGCAUUAUGCAUUCCUAUAAAAUUACUUUAAUUUUAAUAACUAUCAUAAAUCUAUUGUGUUGAUAAAAUAAUUUCAUUAGAUACUUGUUAAAAUGUAAAAAUCAAAAAUGAAGAAAAUGUGACAAAUAAUGAGUGAGAUUUUAAUUUUAAAGCUAAUUUUAUAGUUUGUAAUUAUUUAUUUAGUUAUGUUAAUAUUUAUUUUUAAUUGUUGUAAUAAUUAUUUAUUUUUGUUUUAUUUCUGGUGCCAAUGAGUUAGUUGUACAGAUUAAAAACCAUCAUUCUUGAUAUUGCUUAUUUACCUGUAACUAGUUAAAUUGUAAUAAUAUCUUUAUUUAUGAUACUAUAUAUUUAACAUUAUGUUGAAAAUAAAUUAAGUUGUAAAACUAGAAAAACCUCGUAUUCUUAAAUAUAUCAUAAAUUAAAAAUUUAAUAAUAUUUCCAUAAAUUGCAAUUAUUCUUAAAGCUUUUAAUGAUUAUAAUGUAAAUUAAUCACUAAAAUAAAUUUUAAGAUAGUUGUGCAGCACAACUUGUAAUUAUUAAAUGUUGAUUCUUAAAUUUCCAUACAAAAAUUAAACAUUGUAUUGGAAAAAUGUUGUACAAAUUAAAAUGUAUGGAGCUGAAAUUAAA